AUGACUUUCUCUUGAAUAUUCAUUAUCUACGUACACGUGGAUCAUUGUGCAGGUCGUUUCGAUCCAGCUCCAACCUGUUCUAAACGAAAGAGGCAGGCACCUGGUUACACCUUUGCAUAUAAAGACCCGAACCAAGAAGGAAGCCAUACAUUUGCUUUGGCAAUAAAUACAUAAACUAAAGGAACAGCAACACAGACACAUCUUCUGGGUGAAAAAGAAGAAACUACAAGGAGAUGCUUGAUCGGAUUUGAACACUUUUGUAAACCCACCGCGGAUCGUACACUUGGGUUGUAUCAUAACUGCUGCUGCCACAGAACAUGAGCAGGUUGCAUAUUGAGGAACUAACUGCACACAACUACUACUUCAGGUUACUGUCAUUUGUAUCACUUCAAAAACCAGCCACUGCCGUUGCUAGGAUCCAAGCUGAUUACUAAUACUGUAUAGAGGCAGUAUUAGUGAAGCAGCACUACUUAGUGUGCUAAGAAAAAAUACUUAAGACUCUUAAUCUGACUUGAAGGGGCUGCUUGCAGUUUGCACUGUCUGUAAUUGCUUCUUAAGGACGCCGACAGCGUGUACUGCUGCAGUAAAUAAAAGCUGCUGUGUGACACAAAGAGAAUUAUAUUGCAAACAUGAUGCAGAUUUCGGAGUCCAACAACCAGAGGCAUUCGCUUUUCAGCGCGAUGAACCGCUUUAUCGGGGCGGUUAACAACAUGGACCAGACUGUGAUGGUACCAAGCCUUCUGAGGGACGUGCCGCUGGAGUACGAGGAGAAGGACGAGGUUAACAACGCUGUAGUAUUAACCGGAGGCAACGGGGCUGCCAGCUACUUGACAGACAGGGACAUGUACAGCUACUAUGUUUUGCUCAAAUCCAUCAGGAACGAUAUUGAGUGGGGUGUGUUUCAGCAGGGAGACGACAAGAAAAAAGAGAAGCUGAGCACCGCCGUGGAUAAAUGCAGGCUCGACCCCGAGGAGGAGGACGAAAACCUGCAGAAAGAGUUUCAUUUUCACCUGAGCGGACUCCACACGGUUCUCUCGAAGCUCACGAGGAAAGCGAACACCCUCACCAACCGAUACAAGCAAGAGAUCGGCAUCGGCAGUUGGGGGCAAUAAUGGCACAUUUCCGCUGGAUCGGGCAGGCGCACUUUUGUUAAGUUAGAUUGCGCCUUACAAAUGAAAACCCCGGAAAUAUAUAUAUAUAUAUAUAUAUAUAUAUAUAUAUAUAUAUAUAUAUAUAUAACAGUAAAUUGCAACAUUGUUUUUUUUGUUUUCUUUUUAAUUUGUUUCUCGGUAUUCUUCAAAGCGCUAUUGCUAGUUUUAAAAAAAAUGUAUUAGGCGUGGUUGUCGGUGGCCUUGCUCUAUCGGUGGAGAUUGCAUCAUCUUAUUUGCACUACUACGACUGGUAUAUAUUUUUUUAAAACAAGAAUGUAUAAUUGUACUUUUUCUCACCUGCAUGUGUUAAAAUUCUAAAAUCUAACCGGAACGCACAAACGGGAUUGCAAGAUGCGAUGUCGUACAUUGUCUGUGACGAUCGAUAUUGCUACUACAAUGAUGUGAGGCUGGAACAAAAAGCCAAUGAACCCAUGUUAUAAAUAUUGUAAGAACUCAUGGAACCAACUGAUCAUUCUAUUUUCUGAUUGAGUAGAGUAAUGAAGUUCUCCAUGACAUGACUGUACAAUAUGAAUGAUUUAAAAAGCUGUAAAAGAUUCUUUAGACUUUCUUUUUUACAUGCUGACAUAGAUUGUACAGAAACAAAUAAAAGUGUGUACGUCUA